AUUGAAUUGAAGCUUCCUCCUUUCACAAAGAAUUUAUCACCAUGGUUCAACGUGUCACUUACAGACGUCGUCUCUCAUACAACACCCGUUCCAACCGAGUCAAGAUCGUCAAGACUCCUGGUGCUAAGCUCGUCUACCAAUAUCAAAAGAAGCCUGUCAAGGGUGCUCGUUGUGGUGACUGUGGUAACACCUUGUCUGGUAUCAAGGCUCUUCGCGCUCGUGAAUUCGCCAACAUUUCCAAGACCAAGAAGACUGUCAACCGUGCCUAUGGUGGUUCCCGCUGUGGUCUCUGUGUCCGUAACCGUGUCGUCCGUGCUUUCUUGAUCGAAGAACAAAAGAUCGUCAAGCGUGUUCUCAAGGCUCAAAAAUAGACACUUUUUACUUAGUAAAUAAACUAUUGUUUUGACUAUUGUUUUUUUAUUAUUAUUGUUGUCAUGAUUUGAAUAAAAG